AUGUGGAUUCUUCAAGGAAUUCCCCCUCGCACAAGCCGAUUGGCCAUGGAGGGCUGCCGAGGGGUCGUGGUCGCCUCGGCGAUCCUGAACGACCACGACAAGAUCCGGCAGCCGAAGGGGCUCGGCUCCCAUACGGUCAAGGCGGCGUGCUUCUUCAUGUUCAUCGACGGCCGUACCCACCGGGUCCUGGCGAGCCACGGCAUCCUCAAAGACGAGCACGCCGCGUCGGCCAGCGCGGUCGUCGGCGCAUGGCGCGUGGUGACGCUGCAGCAGGAGCAGCUCCCCUACGAGGACCCCGCCAUGAACGGCGUCGUGGUGAAGCACCUGCUGCACCGGCUGUUCCCGAACGCCAGGUUCAGCGUGUGGGUGGACGCCAAGAUGCAGCUCACGGUGGACCCGCUGCUGCUGGUGCACUCGCUCCUCCUCGGCAAGGGCGUGGACAUGGCGGUCUCCAGGCACCCGUUCAACCUCCACGCCAUGGAGGAGGCGAUCGCCACGGCGCGGUGGCGCAAGUGGCGCGACGUGGACGCCGUCAGGGCGCAGAUGGAGGCCUACUGCGGCAACGGCCUGCAGCCAUGGUCCCCGAGCAAGCUCCCAUAUCCUUCAGAUGUGCCGGACACGGCGAUCAUCAUGAGGAGGCACGGCUCGGCGAGCGACCUCUUCUCCUGCCUGCUCUUCAACGAGCUUGAGGCGUUCAACCCGCGGGACCAGCUGGCCUUCGCCUACGUGCGGGACCAGAUGAGCCCCAGGGUGAGCAUCAACAUGUUCGAGGUGGAGGUGCUGGAGCACAUCAGCGUCGAGUACCGGCACAACCUGAAGCGCGACAAUGGCGGCGGCGGAGGAGGGGUCUCCAGGAUGGCGUCAUCGCGGGACAUCGCCGGGAGCAGCUGCGAGGGGUACCUCAUGAAGAUGUGGGGGGAGCCUUCUGAAUAA